CAGUGAGUAAACGACGUCAGUAUGUUGUGGAAGGUAAACAUUAUACAACCAGUAAAAAGAAAUGGAUAUGGACAGAAAAUUGUUGAUUUUGUAUGGAAGUCAAACAGGAACAGCUCAAGAUGUUGCAGAUAAGGUUUACAGAGAGGCUAAAAGAAGACAUUUUUCAGCAAGAGUUACUGCUCUUGACAGUUAUGAUAUUUCUAAUUUGAUCCAGGAGAAGUUAGUAAUAUUUGUAUGUUCCACAAGUGGACAAGGUGACCCACCAGACAAUAUGAAGAUGUUUUGGAGGUUUAUACUGAGGAAGAAUUUACCAGUCAACUCACUGAGUCAGAUGUCAUAUGCUAUGUUAGGACUUGGUGAUUCUGCUUACCAGAAAUUUAACUUUGUAGCUAAGAAGUUAUAUAAAAGAUUACAACAGUUAGGGGCUGGUAGUUUGUUACCUGUGGCUUUAGCAGAUGAUCAACAUGAUUUAGGACCUGAUGCAGUUAUUUACCCUUGGUUGGACUCUUUGUGGAAGAAGGUUCUGCAUAUCUAUCCAUUGCCUCCAGGAAGGGAGAUAAUCAGUAGUAGUAUUAGACCUCCAUCAAGGUAUACAACAACUUUUCUAGAUAAAACAGCAUCACAUCCAGACUUGGAUAAUUACAGAAUUGGUAACCACAGCCAAGCAGCACCAAGCCAAUCAAAUCCUUUCUAUGCCAAGAUGACAUCAAAUGAACGAGUUACAGCAUACGAUCACUUUCAAGAUGUUCGAUUAAUUAGAUUUGACAUAAGUAAUUCAAAUAUAAGUUAUUCCCCAGGAGAUGUAGUUGUGAUUAUGCCACAGAACUCACCAGAAACUGUUACAGAAUUUAUAAAUCAUAUGAAGUUAAAAGAUGACAACUUUUUCCAUAUACAGCAGCAAGAUCUAGAUAUAGAAUUACCGGUCACGUUACCACAUCCCUGUUCAGUACAGUAUUUAGUACAACAUCAUUUAGACAUCAACAGUGUACCCAGAAGAUCCUUCUUUGAACUGUUAUCGUUCUUUGCUGACAAUGAAUUGGAAAAAGAAAAAUUAGAGGAAUUCUGCACAGCAGAAGGACAGGAAGAGUUGUAUACCUAUUGUAACAGAGUCAGAAGAUCUAUUUUAGAGGUUCUACAAGAUUUUCCCCACACUAGUGCCAAUAUUCCAUUUGAAUACCUGUUUGAUCUAAUACCUGUUCUUCAACCAAGGUCUUUCUCAAUAGCUUCAUCACAAAAGAUGUAUCCAGAUGAAAUUCAUGUUUUGAUGGCAGUUGUUAAAUAUAAGACAAAGAUGUUUAAACCUAGACUUGGAGUUUGUUCUACAUGGUUAGCUGGCAUGUCACCAGGAAUAAUAGUGCCUCUAUGGGUAAAGAAGGGGACUAUAGCCUUUCCCACUGACCCAGCUUGUCCUGUUGUUAUGGUGGGUCCAGGUACAGGAUGUGCGCCCUUCCGAAGCUUUAUACAAGAAAGAACUGUUGCUGGAACAGGAGGUAACACAUUAUACUUUGGAUGUAGAAACAAAGACAAUGAUUACUAUUGCAAGGAUGAAUGGACAACUCUGGUCAACAAAGGAUUACUUAACUUAAUUACUGCCUUUUCUAGAGAUCAGGAUGACAAAAUAUAUGUUCAACAUAAAAUAUUGGAAAGUAAAUUAAUGCUGUGGAAUAUACUGGAGAGUGGUGGCUGGUUUUAUGUCGCAGGAAAUGCUAAACGAAUGCCAGAUGAUGUAAAGGAUGCAGUUAAACAAGUGAUAAUGGAUUGUGGUAGUAAAUCAGAGGACGAAGCUGAACAGUAUAUCCAUAAGCUAGAACAAUGUCGUAGGUACCAGGCGGAAACAUGGUCUUGACAGAAAAUAUAUUCUAGUAAUAAAUUAAAAUUUUA